AUGACCGUCACACACAUUGUCUUGCUCGCGUUCAAGCCCGAUGCUAGUGCCGCAGCCGUCGAGGAGUGCAUCGGCCAGCUUCUGGGUUUAAAAGAAGCCUGUGUCCACCCGGAGACCAGGAAGCCGUACAUCAAGUCCUCGUCGGGCGGCAAAGAUAUGUCUAUCGAGGGGCUGCAGCAAGGCAUCACGCACGCCUACGUUGUCGAGUUCGCUUCUGUCGAGGACCGCGACUACUACGUUCGAAAAGACCCGGCCCACCUGGCCUUUGUGAAGAACUACAUCGUCUCACCCGACACCGUCGUCAUGAAGGGACAGGUUGUUGACUUUGUGCCCGGAAACUACUGA